AUGUCUAUGUGUGGCACAUCUACAGUAGGGAUUUUCGUUAAAGCCAAAAGCAAAAUAAACUCUGUUAACUGCAAACUUACGCCCCCCAUACGUCCCCGUGGGUUCCGCAUAGAAACGUUGCCUCUUGGUGGAGUUAGGGAGCUCGUAGAAGUGUUCGAUUCUGUAGCCGACAAAGAAUUUCGGAUCUCUUAUCAGGAGAUCGUCCUCCAGAAGGAACUGAUUCUUUGCGAUAGGUGCAUAGAAGUCGGACCCUCCUCAGAUGAAGGUGGUCUAGCUCAUGGGGUGCAGCUCAAGUAA